AUGACCACGCACGCGAUCGGCUUCGCCGGCUGCUCCAUCCUGCUGCUGCAAAGGGCGCUCUACGAGCGGCGCGGCCCGUCGCGGCUGCAGACGCGGCUCGCCGCGCUCCACGCGUGGCGCUCGCUCGGCGGCUUUGGCGGGCUCGCGCCGCCAGACUCGUCCGAGCUGCUGCUGAGCCGGCGAGCCUUCGACCUGAUGGACGAGGACGGGGACGGCUUCCUCACGCCGGACGAGCUCACGCGCGCGGUGCUCGAGCUGAAGAAGCGCGCGGGCGGCGCGCACACGCGCGACGAGGUCGAGCGGCUCGUGCAGCGCAUGAUGCUCGUCGGAGACAGCGACGGCGACGGGCGGAUCGACGCAGAGGAGUACCGCCGCCUCGAAAUCAACCUCGAGAACCUAAUACCUUAUGAGUGA